AUGACGACCACAACUCCGCAGUAUCUUACGGGCAACGCCGCUGCUCUGAACGAGUUUAUUGACCGUUUCGAUGUGUUCCUCUUUGACUGUGAUGGUGUUCUUUGGUCCGGAGACCAUACGUUCCCAGGCACCGUUGAGACACUGGAGUUGCUGAGGAGUCGAGGGAAACAGGUCGUUUUCGUCACCAACAACAGCACGAAGUCGCGAGCGGAUUACAAAAAGAAGCUCGAUGGAUUGAAUAUUCCUAGCAAUGUUGAGGAGAUUUUCUCUUCAUCAUAUAGUGCCUCUGUCUACAUCGCGCGCAUCCUCAAACUCCCCGAAAACAAACGCAAAGUAUUUGUCCUUGGUGAAACGGGUAUUGAGCAAGAAUUAAGGAACGAGAAUGUCCCCUUUAUUGGAGGAACUGACCCGGCCCUUCGUCGAGACCUCACACCGGAGGACUACAAGCUUAUGGCCAAAGGCGACCCAUCAUUGAUAGAUCCUGAAGUUGGGGUGGUAUUAGUUGGUCUUGAUUUCCAUAUUAAUUACUUGAAGUUGUCACUCGCAUUCCAGUACAUACGUCGCGGUGCAGUAUUUUUGGCAACCAACAUCGACAGCACGUUACCAAACCAGGGAGCGUUAUUCCCAGGUGCAGGAUCAAUGAGUGCCCCAUUGAUCAUGAUGCUUGGGCAGGAACCAAUAGCUUUGGGCAAACCGAGUCAGGCCAUGAUGGACGCAAUUGAGGGUAAAUUCCAGUUUGAUCGCAACCGUGCUUGCAUGGUUGGUGAUCGGAUCAACACUGAUAUCAGAUUUGGUGUUGAAGGUAAGUUAGGAGGCACGCUGGCUGUCCUAACGGGCGUCUCAACCAAGGAUGAUAUUUUGAAUGGUCCAGUGAGGCCAGUCGCUUAUGUUGACAAGCUGAGUGACUUUCUGGGCGCUAAAUAG